UAUCCAAAUAUGAACAAUGAACAAUACUCAUAAAAAAUCAUUAACGUGAUCUAUUCAUUGUAUUAAUCGACACAAAAUGGAAGAAAACGAAGCUUCAAUACCGGGGCUCUGGACAAAUUUCACGGAAACAACUGGAUUUCAUGGUUUGAAUAAAAUGAAAUUUGACAAGAAAUACCCAGGACAGCUUAUUAGAAGUGUAUGCUGGGCAGUAGUAUGGCUGGCAAGUGCAGCAGUCCUCAUCUAUAUCAUUACAACUGAGUUAAUUAACUACUAUAGCUACCCAUGGGUUUCUACCACGUACAUUCGGCUGGAGCAAGAAGCACAAUUUCCUGUCGUGACAUUGUCAGUUUGUGAUGGAAAUACAUUAGAUUUGAAUUUCACUUCUUUUGUUUUCGAUGAUGAUUUCGUAAAUAUCUCGGAUGUACCAGUUAUUGAAUAUACAGAUUUCACUACUUACGAUAUGGUCGAUAUUGGUAAAUGUAAUAAUCGGAGAUUUAAUGCAAAUGGCAAGCUAUUGACAGAUCAACAUGGAAGACAUAAUAAUCUGCUAAUUAAAACGAGAGCCAAAGAAAUACAGAUUGCUGUUCAUCCUCCUCGAGAGGAGCCAGACAUGUAUGAAGACAGUAUCACUGUUGGACAAGACACUUAUUCAUUUAAAGAAGUGCACAGGAGAGAGUAUAUAUUUUUACCAAGUCCAUUCAUAUCGUUUGGGAAUCAGAUGUGUCAAGAAAACUACGACUAUUUUGAUUGUGAUCGUAAAUGUUGGAAUGAAUUAUUGAAAAAACAGUGCGGUUGUACGAUGAACCGUUCAGGGAAUGGAACACAUUGCGUCGAUACUCCAGCGGACAAAGCAUGUUCGGAUAAGUUAGAAACAAAGGAGUCGUCAGCAAUAUGUGAAGCUGCAUGUCUUCCAGAAUGCAAGUUCAUUAAGUAUGACGUGAUAGUAUCAUCAAGAGUGUCGAAGUAA